CGAGUCUAUGAGGUCAGGGCGAGGACCGUAAGGAAGGACAAGACCAUGAACCAGGCCAUUUACGAUCGCUUGGUUGCCCUAGAGAAAAAUGAGACCAUGUGUGCCAAAGUCUACAAGCUUUGUGAAGAGGCGCUCGUUCUCCAGGCCCAGAUAAUCAAGCUUGAGGAAGAAAGAGAGCAUCUGAAAUCUUUGAAUUACUAUUUGAAGUCUUCAAAGGAGUGGUUUCCCACAAGUUCUGCCAAACCCAAGAGGAAAAUGCUGUUCUCCUGGAAGAAUUUAAGGCCUUCAAGUCAAAUCCAGAGCUGGGCAAGAUGA